GUCCAUUUGUUUGAGCUUCAGCUUUGUCUGGAAGGACUUGUGCCUAACGUCUCGCAGAGGCUCCGUCUGGGGUGAAAAAAGGGGAGUCUGUUCUUACUUUUCUUUUGUAUCAUUUGUUUUUCUUUAACUGAGAAGAUAUUAAUUUUGUGUGUUUAACAAUCUCUCCAGUGGUGUUUCUUGGGAGGAAUGCAGCAGGCACUCCACCAGUCAAAGGUCGAAUCACCAAAGCCUACCUUUGGUGUCAUGGGGAAAGAAGGAUCAUCCCACCUUCUAGUUCCCGGGUUUAUGAUUAGUGGUAGCAGUUGUCUCUCAACCCCACUUGUGACAGCUGCUCUGAUCUGCAUCGUGGUUUCAGAUGUGGGCGGGCCUGUGUCAGCCUGCCGUGGGAGGCUCACGUCACUGCUCACUGCAUUUAUAUCCUGAAUCAGGCAGAGAGACUUCGCUGCAAACGCAGGAGCGGUCACCUCCAGGUCUGGAGGUUGGUGGGGGGGGGGGGGCCCUCCGACUUGCCAUGGGACCCAGCAGAUGCAUCUGGGAAGGUGAGUCUGUGAUUUGGACUUCUCAACACUCAAGUCAGCAUGAGUGGAUGGCAGAGAGUGGCAGACAGCAGGCCAUCCCUGGGCCCUGGGAGGAGCCUGUGGAUGGACUUUGAAGCGGUUGGGAGCAUCGCCCUAGUUUUACCUCCUCGGGUGUCCUGGUCUGGGAUGUCUCCAGGAGACAGCAUGUUGGCGGUAUUUGCUGAAGAAUGACAGGCUAUCACUACCUGGCCUGAGUACCAUUGGGCAGAGGGAAGGAUCUGAGUUUGUCACGUUGAGUUUUAGGUAUGGAAGACUUUGCUUCCUCAAUAACUGAGCGAGGGGUGGUUCUGGGGCCAGAUGGUCUGAGAUGCGAUGGCCAUGAGUGGAGAUGAAGGACCAGGCCCCUGCGUCUGGCAAAACCUCUUCAAACCCCCAUGCCCUUGGGGGGCCUUCGGGCAGAAGAGAAGCCAGAGUCUUGGGAUCGCCCCUUUGGAGCUAUGGGUGGCAGCACAUGAGGGUGGGGUUCCAGAAGGAGGAUCAACUCUGCCAAGCAGAAAGAAGGGGAGAUGAGGAUCUGUGCUCAGUAACAUCCAGAGUCCUGCUCCCAGGGGCCCAAAGCAUCAACACCAUUUCAAGGCAAGGGUGGACCUUGGAGACUGAGGCCCUGAUGCGGGAGCUGAGUACCUGGCUCCUGAUCUGCACGUGCAUCAGCCCUUGGGUUGGCUUGGGAGUCUCCAUCCACGGGGAAGGAGGAGGGCUCGGGGCUGGAUCUCUCAUCUGCCUCAACAACAACAUCCUAAGGAUCGACUGCCACUGGUCGGCUGUAGAGCUGGGUCAGGGCCCCAGUCCCUGGCUCCUCUUUACCAGCAACCACGCCGUGGGCAGCAAUCACAGAUGUGUCUUCCGGGCCAGCGAGUGCACUCUGGUGCUGCCGCCUGAGGAGGUGCUUGUGCCUUCUGACAACUUCACCAUCACUUUCCACCGUUACGUCUCUGGGAAGGAGCAGGUCAGCCUGGUGGACCCGCAGUACCUGCCCCGGAGACAUGUGAAGCUGGACCCUCCCUCUGAUUUGCAGAGCAAUGUCAGCUCUGACUACUGUGUCCUGACCUGGAGCGUCAGUCCUGCUUUGGAGCCUCUGAUCUCCAUGCUCACCUAUGAGCUGGCCUUCAAGAGGCAGGGGGAGACCUGGGAGCAGGCCCAGCACAGGGAUCACAUUUUUGGGGUGACCUGGCUCAGGCUUGAAGCCAUCGAGUUGGACCCUGGUUCCAGCUACGAGGCCAGGCUGCGCGUCCGGAUGGCCUCGCCGGAGGAUGACCUGGCGGAGGAACAGCGCUAUGCGGGCCAGUGGAGUGACUGGAGCCAGCCUGUGUGCUUUCCCUCUCCCCAGACCUCUGCCCGAGACCCCCUGUUAUCACCUCGGGGGCAGCCUGACGGCACCCUUGUCGCUGUACCUGUCUUUCUGCUACUGACCAGCCUGACCUGCCUCCUGUUCAAGCUUUCACCCAGGGUGAAGAGAAGCUUCUACCAGAACGUGCCGUCUCCAGUGGCCUUCUUCCAGUCCCUGUACAGUGUGCACAAUGGGGACUUCCAGACCUGGGUAGGGGCCCACAGAACCGGUCUGCUGCCGAGCCAGGACUGUGUCGGUUCCCCGAGAAGAGCCUCGGAGUCUAGUGGCCAGGAGGCCAUUGCGUGGCUGACCUGUGGCCCAGUGGAUCCUGCCUGGCAGUCAGUGGUCCUGGAGGAAGAGGAGAAAGGCCCACGUCCUGGCCUCCCAGAGGCUGUGUUGUUAGCAGGUCGUGUGGCACAGGGAGAGCAGCCACCUGCCUACCUGCCACAGGAGGACUGGGUCCCUGGGAGCCCCACCAGGCCAGCUCUCCCACAGGCAGAGGGCAGCAGUGGUGACUACUGUGCCUUGGGCUGUCCCGGGGCGUGCCACCCCUCGACCUUCCCAGGACGCAUGCAGAGCUCUGGGCCCAGCCUGGCUUUGGCCUGUGGCCUUUCCCGUGACCAGCAGAGCCUGGAUGCCACGCAAGGAGGGACCUGUGUGGGAGUCGGUCACAGAGAGGAGCAAGACCCUGGUGAAUGUGUCGCAUGAGGCCCUCAGGGCACUUUCUUCGCUCCUACCCUUGGCAGACGCUGGCUUUGAUUUAGAACCCUGACGGGGCCAGCUGCAUAAUGUCCAUCAUGUGGAAAAUGGACUACAGUCUCUGAGAAUGAAGCCCCUGCACAGAUACCCUGUCCAGAUGGAGGCCGAAAACCCCUCCUCCCUCCCCUCCCCUCAGCAUCCUACCACGCAGCUCCCACUCCCGGGCUCGCCACUUCCCUCCCUGCUUUCGGGCUCCACCCUGGUCCCUCACAGAAGUGGGGGUGUUGGCUCCACAGCCUGUUCUGCCCUCACUCCCUUAAAGGGCCAGCCGGCACCCAACGACGCAGAUGAGGUGCUGGGACCAGGCGGAGUGUUGUCUUUCUGUGCCUCCCUGAGGUACCUCUGCUACUGAGAUUAAAGGGGAUUCAGUGGUUGUUUCAAA